AUGUCGACUGCUGGUCCCGCUCAUAGGGUCCAAUCCGCUGUGGUGGAAUAUGGAUAUCCUCAAGGCCAUCUCGGGCAUCUGACCGCCGACGAAGAGGCCGCCUUCACCAAUUUCAAGGCGCUAUGUGCAGAGAAGGGCUAUUACAAGCCAGGAGACUCGGAAGGAGACCCAGGCACACAUGAUGAUGCGACGCUAUUGCGAUUCCUCCGAGCGCGGCGUUUUGUCGUCGGGGAUGCGUUCACGCAGUUUGAAGACACAGAGAACUGGCGCAAGGCAAACCAACUAGACCAACUAUACGAGACGAUAGAUCUAGAGCACUACGAAGAGACUCGAAGACUGUACCCCCAAUGGACAGGACGACGAGAUCGCCGUGGGAUUCCAGUCUAUGUAUUCGAAGUGAUGCAUCUGAACUCGAAGACCAUGGCCGCGUACGAGAAAUCCGCCGUGAAAACCCACACCAAAGCCCAAACGGACGGCAAAACAUCUCCCAAACUAUUACGACUCUUCGCGCUUUACGAGAACCUCAUCCGCUUCGUCAUGCCCCUCUGCACCGCCCUCACCGACCGAGAUCAUCCCCGGACACCCAUCACACAGAGCAAUAACAUUGUCGAUAUAUCUGGUGUUGGAUUGAAGCAGUUCUGGAAUUUGAGGGGACACAUGCAGGAUGCAAGCACGCUUGCCACGGCACACUACCCGGAGACACUGGAUAGGAUAUUUAUCAUUGGCGCCCCCGCAUUCUUCCCAACAGUCUGGAACUGGAUCAAGAAAUGGUUCGACCCAAUCACCACGUCCAAAAUAUUCAUACUUUCAUCUCACGACAUGAAAGAAACCCUAGAAGCCUUCAUCGACCCAGCGAACAUACCGAAGAAAUAUGGCGGCCAGUUGGAAUUUGUAUUCGGCGAUAUGCCGAAGCUUGACCCCGCCAUCAAGGACGUAGUGAAGUGGCAGGGCGACCGGGACAACUUCCCAGGGGGCCCGUUGUAUUGGUGUGAGAAAGAUAAGGAAGGCAAGGAGAUACAGCUCAUGGCUGCAGGCUCAACGGAGGAUGGCACAGUGCUGCGACAUGAGGAAAUCUGCACCAUAACAAAGACGUUCCCCGAAACCGCACAGGAAAUGAGCGAGAAGCAAAAUGGUCACCUCUCGCCCCCCGAAAAAGGAGAGCAAGAUCUCACGGCUGCCGCAACGGGAACAGAUGGCAUCCCGGCCGCAGCUUCAGAAUCACAAACACAAGACGAACCGGAAAGAGAUAAUGUAGGAGAGGCGGUAGACCUCUCUACGAAACCUAUGCCAGAGACAUUCGUUUCGUCAUCAGAGGGGUUACCAACGUUGAAAAAUCUCAAACUAGAUGAGGAUUCGAAGACUUCGCCGAAUGGGGAUGUUAAAUCCGGGGAAGCAAAGUAG